AUGGCGUACUUCCGGGUGUCAGUGCUUAUAUUCUGCAUUUGCUUCUUCCUAUCCGUCCAAGCUAGAAGGUAUAACCAUGUAAAGCACAAGCAUAAACAUCAUCACCACAAAAUCGAUGAAAUUCAGGAACCACCUUCUCCUUCUCCUUCUCCUUCUCCUUCUAAACCUCAGCCUAAUGAUCCAUCUAAUGACGGGAAUGCCUAUAAUUUUACUGUUUCUCCUUCUCCCCCACCAGAAGAAGAUGCUAAUGAUCCUCAUUCUCCUUCUCCUUCACCUGAGACUACUACCCCACCUUACUAUGGGAAUGCCCAUAAUUCUACUGCUGCUCCUCCUCCUUCUCCUUUACCUAACAUUUCUAGGCCACCUAAUUAUGGGAGUGCCUAUAAUCCUACUCGAGCUCCAUCUCCUUCACCAGCACCCGCUAGCUCACCAAAUGAUGAUUCCAAAACUGGCGUUUUUGAUGUACGUCAAUUUGGUGCGAUUGGUGAUGGCAUAACAGAUGACACUGUAGCAUUCAAGAUGGCAUGGGACACUGCCUGCCAAAAUGGUUCCGCCGUCAUCCUUGUUCCGUAUGGUUUCACCUUCAUGAUUCAAUCUACCAUUUUCACAGGUCCUUGUCAAGGUCGCUUAGUGUUUCAGGUUGAUGGUACUCUUUCGCCUCCUGAUGGACCAGACUCCUGGCUACAAAAAAACAGCAAGCGCCAGUGGCUGGUCUUCUACAGAAUCAAUGCAAUGUCACUACAAGGAGGUGGUGUUAUUGAUGGCAGAGGACAGAAAUGGUGGGAUCUGCCUUGCAAACCCCACAAGGGAGUAAAUGGAACGACAACGCCUGGAUCAUGUGAUAGCCCCACUGCCAUAAGGUUCUUCAUGAGCUCUAACUUGACUGUUCAAGGACUAAGAAUCAAGGAUAGCCCUCAGUUCAACUUCAGAUUCGACAACUGCAAGAAUGUCCAUGUAGAAUCCAUUCACAUAACAGCUCCUGCCCUGAGUCCCAACACUGAUGGGAUCCACAUAGAGAACACUAAUGCCGUUUAA